GCCCAUCCCUUUAUUGAAUAUGAAUUAGGAAGAGUUUGUGCAAUUCUUAUGUUAUCAUCCACAAAUAUUUUUCUGGCGAUAUAUGAUCAUGAUAUCAAGGAAUAUUCCUUUCAUCUAAUAUAACGCUAACAUUGACAUGGGGUCUGUCUUGAGCUCUAAAAAGAAAAUUAAUGGUUUUAAGUUGAUGAGAUUAAUUGUUGAUGUUGGUGGAGAAGCUUUAAGAAUAACAUUGAGGAAACAACUGUCAGCGAUGAUCGCAAUUUAGAGGAUAUUAAAUUAUUGAUUGAAAAAAGAAUCGGCUCUACUGGCAGCCUAUCUGAUGUUAAAAACAUAUUGGCAGAAAAAGCUGACGGACUUAUGUUGCUUGCAUCACUUCUUAGCAGCGAAGUCAAAAAUCAGGAUUUGUUGAAAGGCUCCAUACCAAAAGAUCUCAAUGAAUAUUACAAAAUUUGUAUAACAAGAUUAAGUAAGGAAUUAGAUAUCAGUAACGAAAAGUUUCAGUCAAUUUUAAAUGCUUUGGCUGUUGCUAAAGAACCUCUUCCUUGGGAAAUGAUCGAUGACGUUCUUUGUUUGAAUUCAAAUUACAUAUCACUUCAGGUUAGAGAGAUUAUCUCUUGUCUGUUUGUUACCAAUGGAGAAGGAUGUGUUUCGUUUUUUCACAAAUCUUUAAAUGAUUGGUUGUUGGAUGGUCGAAAACAUAUUUACUCAGUAAAAACUCCCUGUGGUCAUCGACUUGUUUUAGAUAUUUGUUUAAAAUCUUUGGAUAACCUCAAAGCCGAAGGUGUAAACUAUGACGUCAUUAAACAUGCGUCAGUGAGAUAUUCAGUCAAAUAUUGGUUGCUUCAUAUACUUGCUAUUUCUGAUAAUGAAUGUAUCGUUGAAAAUGUUGGUAAAUAUCUUGUUGACUUGGAAGUUUUAGUUGCUUCCAUGCUGGUUGACUCACGUCGUACUUUUGAAAAUUUUAAAUUAUUCAUCGCACAUGAUGUUUACUUUAAUAUUUCUGAGGACAUUCGAUUGUUAUUUAAUGAAGUUUAUUCUGUAAUGACGUACUUUCACAAUAAAGUAUUUUUUUUGCAAAACGUUGCCACCAACGUCAAUGAUCUGUCGUCUCAAGCCACCACAAUGCUUCAAACACGUUUCAAAGACUCACCAUAUCUAGAGUGCAAAGACACGGGUUUUGUAAAGGCUCGAUUAUUACGUUUAAUUCGAAAUUUGAAGUCUGUUGAUGUUUCACGAAAUCAUGAUUACGUCGUCUGUGGUUAUGAAGGAUUCAUCGUGCAACUUUUUUCAUUGAGAACAAACAGAUGUUUAUGGAUAAAAAAUAUUGCUGGUCAGUUUAAGCAAUAUGAGGAGGGAGACUUUAGCGUUGUCUUUCAUCCAUUCGAAGAUUUGAUUUUUGCUUCCCAGCUUGAUAAGAUAAUAGAUAUUAAUGGUAGAAUUUCUUCCAGUCCUUUCCAUUGUGAUGAUUGUACUUCUAAGUUCUUUACCAACAAAUGUUUUUCUAAGGAUAAGUACACAAUGGUCACUAGUUACAAAGAUACUUUGACAGUAUGGGACGUUGAGAAAGGUGAGAAGGAACGCAGUAUUAGAUGUAAUAAUGUGAGCUCACUGUGUUUUUCUAAUUCUGGAAGAUAUUUGUGUGUCAUUGAGGAAAGAAAAAUGGUUCAAAUAUUUGAUGUAGCGAAUAAUUAUGAAACAUUCUUUUACGACGAUCAUUUACCGUCUGGUAAUUUAAGUAAGUCUGGUGUUUUGUUCACUGUUGGUCUUCAUUCUUGGUGUUAUUACGGGUGUGAAAAAUUCUAUGUGAAUCCCACUGGUGAGAAACUUCCUGACUUGAAUCAUGAUCUGCAUUUUUUGCCGCAUCCUCUUGAUCCUUUCGAUGACAACAUAUCUAGCUUUUCCUUUAUUAGAGUAGCAACGUAUUAUUUUAUUUUGAAUAACGACAAUGUUCUUUUCUUUGAAUACGGAUAUGACUGUUAUCUUUAUUCAAUACCACGUGCAUUUUUUACUAACAGUUACAGUUUUUAUAACGAGAAAUUUUGCUCAAAUGGAAAAUUUCUGUAUCGGAGCAAUGAAGAAAAAUCAAGGUUUCGAUGAACUAAAAGGUACAAAAAAAAUUUUUGAGUUGAAUUUAAGGAUCAGAUAAUUUACUGUAUGUGGCAUGAAGACAAACUGGUUAAUGGUUGGGAUGACGUUAUUAAAGAGGAAAGCGCCAAUUUAAUCGCCGACAAAUUCUUCGGAGAGUACCUGGGUGAUAUGACUCGCUGUAUAACUUACGCUGCUUUUUCACCUUCAGCAGAUAAGUUAGCAAUAAGUUACAUGAAUGUGUAUGUGAAAGUAUUUGACGUUGAAAACAUACAAAUUAUUUACAGUUUUACUGAAUAUUUUAUUUGUCAAAACUUUUUCUUUCUUGAUGAUAGGUAUAUACUUAGUGAUAGGUUUGAUUUGAUUGAUUUGAAAUAUUUUAAGAUUGUUACAUUAUUUCGCCCGCCUGUGCGUAUAGAUCCAGAAACUUCUUAUUUCUGUCUUAAACGCAAACUUGCUUUAGUUUUUUGUUCCUCAAGGAUCCCGUUACAGUGCUUAAAAAUCAUCUUGCCACGUGGAUAAGUUUGAUCUUUGAUGAUAAAAUUUCUCACCAUUUUGGAUAAUGACUGUAUUAUCUUUAAAAAACAAUCUUGUUCAGUUUUUAUGCAUGAUCCCUAUCAUUGUUGACAUUUGAAUUAAUGUCCGUUUGCGUAUGAUUUUAUGAAACGACCUUUGUCUAAGUUUCAUUGUUCUGUACAGAGACCGCAGUGUACGAUAAUGUCAACAUUGAGAGAGAUCAUGUAUAAAAGCUUAAGUUAAUCAAUUA